AUGAAUAUGAAGGUGGUGUUAAUAUCAGCUCUACUAGGAUUUGUCUCUCAUGUCAGAGCAAAAACAGACAGCAAUAUAUGCAUUUCUGCAAAUGCCAAAACAUGUGGAGAGUGUAUUCAGAUUGGGCCACAGUGUGCGUGGUGCAAAAUUCCUGAUUUCAAACCUUCACGCUGUGAUGACAAGGAGUCUCUGGAAAAGGCUGGUUGCACUGCACUUGGCAUAGAAAACCCUCGAGGAAUAGUCACCAUCGACAAGAACAAACCCGUCACAAACCGUAAAAUUGAUGGGGAACAGAAUCUGAGGCCUGAUGAGAUCACCCAGAUUCAGCCACAGAAACUCACCCUGCACCUCCGAUCAGGUGAAUCUCAGAAGUUUCCUUUCACGUUCAAGAGGGCAGAAGAUUAUCCCAUCGAUCUGUACUUCCUGAUGGAUCUCAGCGACUCCAUGCGGAGUAAUCUUGAGAAUGUCAAGAACCUGGGAACUGAACUUGCCAGGGCGAUGAAGCACAUCACGAAAGACCUGCGGAUAGGUUUUGGUUCAUUCUUGGAGAAACUGGUUAUGCCUUUCAUUCUGAUGACACCGAAGUAUCUGAAGAACCCAUGUUUUCCAAAUGACUGCUCAGCGCCCUUCAGCUACAAAAACGUCCUGAACUUGACAGAUGAUGGUGCAUUGUUCUCCCAAGAAGUCAGUAAGCAGAAAACGUCUGGAAACCUGGACUCUCCCGAGGCAGGAUUUGAUGCAAUCAUGCAAGUUGUGGUCUGCACGGAAGUGAUCGGCUGGAGGAAUGUCACUCGCCUCCUUGUGUUCUCCACGGAUGCUGGAUUCCAUUUAGCUGGAGAUGGAAAACUAGGUGGCAUCGUUCGUCCAAAUGACGGGAAAUGCCAUCUUGAGAAUAAUAUGUACACCAUGAGCAACUACUUUGACUACCCCACCAUCUCUCAGCUGGUAGACACACUGAGUGACAACAACAUUCAGACCAUCUUUGCUGUGACAGAGCAAUUCCGGGAUCUUUAUCAGGAACUGUCUGCUCUAAUCCCUAAAUCAGCAGUGGGGACACUGUCUACCAACUCUUCCAAUGUCAUCCAGCUCAUCAUUGAUGCAUAUAAUUCUUUGUCCUCAGAGGUCAUUCUUGAGGACAGCAAGCUACCUGCUGGUGUGUCCAUCUCCUACAUCUCCCACUGCAAGAAUGGAUUGAGUGAAAAAGGAGAAAAUGGUCGAAAGUGCUCCAACAUCUCUAUUGGGGAUGAGGUGACGUUUGAUAUAGAAAUCACGGCUACAGGCUGUCCGUCUAAAAAUAAAUCAGAGACUGUAAAGAUCAAGCCGCAGGGCUUCACUGAGGAGGUGGAGAUCGUCCUCAACUUCAUCUGUGAAUGUGAGUGUCAUAAAGACGGAAUCCCGAACAGUCCGGAGUGUAGCGGCGGCCAUGGCACUCUGGAGUGUGGAGUAUGCAGGUGUAAUGAAGGCCGGCUAGGCAGAUUAUGUGAGUGCAGCCAAGAUGAGUUCCUGACAGAUGAUCUGGACGCGAAUUGCCGCGUGGAUAACAGGACGGACGUCUGCAGCAACAAUGGAGAAUGUGUCUGUGGAACGUGUGAGUGUAAGAAAAGAGACAACCCAGAGGAGAUAUACAGCGGAAAGUUCUGCGAGUGUGACAACUUCAGCUGUGACCGCUCCAACAACAAGCUCUGCGGAGGUCAUGGUCGAUGCGAGUGCAAAAAGUGUAUCUGUGACGCCAAUUACAAAGGAAGUGCUUGCGAAUGCCCUUUGGACACCUCCACCUGUCUGGCCAGUAACAAACUGAUCUGUAACGGUCGGGGCACCUGCGAAUGCGGCGUGUGUAAAUGUACCGACCAAAGAUUUGAGGGUCCAACCUGUGAAAUCUGCCCAACCUGCCCAAGAAUUUGCACAAAACACAAGGACUGUGUUGAGUGCCAACAAUUUGGCACAGGUAGCAAGAAACAUACAUGUGAGAUUGACUGCAGAUCCUUCAGUCUAACAGCAGUGAAGACUAAGGAGGAACUUCCUCAGCCCAAUGACCAGCCCUACAUCAAUCUCUGCAAAGAGCGCGACGUUGAUGACUGCUGGUUCUUCUUCACCUACGCUACCAAGAACGAUGACAACAUUGAUGUCCUUGUGGCUGAAAAAAAGGAGUGUCCCUCUGGCCCUGACAUCAUCCCCAUCGUAGCGGGUGUGGUCGCAGGAAUCGUUCUGAUUGGUUUAGCACUUCUGCUCAUCUGGAAGCUGCUCAUGAUUAUUCAUGACCGCAGAGAGUUCGCCAAGUUCGAGAAAGAGAAGAUGAAUGCCAGAUGGGACACAGGUGACAACCCCAUCUACAAGAGUGCUGUGACAACUGUGGUGAACCCCAAAUAUGAGGGAAAUUGAUGGAUCUUCAGGAUGGCUUGCAGCAGUGGUUCUCAGAUGGUCUUUGCUUCAUCGCCCAGAUUUUACAUCGGUGACCUAGUAUAGUAUCAUAAACUGUAUUUAAAGUAAUCUGGAACCGUUUUUGACUUUGGACCAAAAUACCCACUCAUACCCACUUGUCAACAACAGUUUUAUCCUCCCUUUUAAAUGUUGGGUCCCAACCUCCCAGUUGAGAACUGAUUUGUAAGCUAGUUUCUUAUUGCUUGAUUAUAUUUCUGUAUUUUGUAAUGUUUAUAUGUAAGUAUCGAACUCCUCAUUUCCCGUGAGAUUAUGGUUUUCCAGAGCACAAGAAGUCACAACAAGAUUCACCAAUGAUUAUUAUUUUUGAAAACGUUCUAUAAAGCCAAUAAAACAGUGUGGGCAAGUCUUCUUGAGA